UGUUAUAGUGACAUUUUGACGCGCGUGAGGUCUCUGACCCGGAAGUAGCUCCAUCCACGCGAGUCUGGCGGAAUCGUUGUAGAUACGGAGGUGUCCCUUUGAGAAAAGCGAAAUACGAUCUGAGAAAAUAGUUUUACUACUCUGCGACCAUGAGUCUGUUAACAAAGCCAAAGUCAGAGAUGACCCCUGAGGAGCUCCAAAAACGAGAGGAAGAGGAGUUUAACACUGGCCCUCUCUCUGUGCUCACUCAGUCUGUGAAGAACAACACACAGGUCCUCAUCAACUGUCGCAACAACAAGAAGCUUCUCGGAAGAGUGAAGGCCUUUGACAGGCACUGCAACAUGGUCUUAGAGAAUGUGAAGGAGAUGUGGACAGAAGUUCCCAAGAGUGGGAAGGGAAAGAAGAAGUCUAAGCCUGUGAAUAAGGACCGCUACAUUUCUAAGAUGUUCCUCAGGGGGGACUCGGUCAUCGUAGUCCUGAGAAAUCCUCUGAUCACAGGAAAAUGAACUUUCUAAUCAGUCAGUAAAUCUGGAAGCAAUGGAUUAUUAGAAAAGGGGUUUUUGUUUUUUGGUUUUAUCACUGCAUUUAUUAAAACAAAUGCAGUGUUGACAGAAUGUUUCCUAAUAUUUUGAGCUUGGAUGCAAUUUGCAUUGUCUGCUUAAGUCUUCUGUCUUUUUCAUUUUAAUAAUAAAAGUAAUCCAUAGA